AUGGCCACGAUCUCUGAGACAGGGGCUGCGGCGUUACGCACCGUCCUCGAUCACCACGAAGCGGAGGGGGUCAUCGCUCUACGGCGUGAGUUGCAGGAGCUGCGCCAGGUUCGCCAAGAUGCUGCCGAAGCUUGCCCAGCGCUCUUUGCGAGCGUGGGGGACUUGUUCACGCAUCGGCGCCACGACAACAUGGGCGACGAGAUGGAGGAAGAGGUGUUCGUAUACCAGGGGCGCACGCUUGGCAGUGGCAAGGCGCCAGCUGUGACACCCGCCGGACGGCUGAUCUUCAAGUGGGUUGCGGGUUCCUGGGGCAUCGAAGAAGGCUAUGGCGCGAUCAACCGUGGGGUGCGCGACGUGAUCGACGCUUGGCCGCAGCGCGACUACCGGGUGUACGACGACGAGGGUCGCUUCGAGCCCGGUGUCUUUUGUUUGCCGCCCUCGAUGUGCUACUGCUUUCGGCCGCCGGGAAGCACACACUGGUCGCCCGACGCGAGCGACCUUAACUUCCAAGGAGUGCUCGACUACCUCUCCUCGUCUCCUCCGAUCGACUACAUCCUCCCGCCCGAGCACUCCCAAGGCGUCCACUCGAUGCUCUCGGGUGUGCACUACUCGCCGCUGCUCAAGGCGGCAGUGGCGGCGGAAUGGGACAACCUCGAGAGCCGUAAAGACGUGGCGAAGCGUGCGAUCUUCGAGAUGGUGCUUCUCGCAGGCGCAGCCUUUGACGGGCCGGUUGGCGACACCAUCCGCACGUUCGCCGGGACAGCCAUGACCGAGGCUGGUGGCGGCGUCCAAUACAUGGGCGAAUACGCGUGCUCCGUCCUUGACAAGUGCACCGCCCUGCCGGCGGCACGGCGUACGCGCUGGCCCGAAGUGCUCGGCGAGAUCAGUGCGGCUGCGGCCGGAGCCGAGCAGUACGCUGUGGUCCGCCGCCGCUUCCUCGAAAUCUGCUGCGAGGGCAAGGUGGACGAAGCCACGCUCGAAGGACUGCACUCGUACUAA